UUUAUAGUUCAAAAUGGCUGCCAUUGUUGGAAAAAUGAGAAUUAUUGAUAACUUUGUAUGUGGUUAGGAUUAAGAGGUAAAAAUACUGAAUUACAGUGCACUCUAAAUAAAUUUUAAAUAUAAUAAUAGUAAUAGAAGCAAGCCCAUAGACUAUCCUUUAAAAAAAGUAAUAUAGUUAUUGCGACUGACUCAUGAGACUGAGACCACUAAACUGUCUAAACUAAACUAAACUAAACCACUUCACUAAAAUUUCAGUUGGCAAAUUUAAAUUAUUAAUUAUAAAAUUAAUAAUAAUAAUAAUUAAUGAAUAUUAUCAUUAUAAAAGUUUUAAAACUUUCUCUACACUCAACUCUACUAAUACUAAUAUACCCAUACUUUAUAAGACUGAAAAAGAGUAAAACCUAUAUAACUUUUUCUUUUUUGGGGCAUACUUUCUUACUUAGUUUCAGCCUAGUUUUUUGCUCAAUAUUGAAAAUAUUCAUCUGAGUCUCAUUUUAAAAAAAAAUAAUGUUAAAAUUUGAAUACUUUUAACAGUUGAAUUGAAUAAGCAUAUGAAUUGAUUGAAUCAUUCCCUACGCUUACAUACUAACUAAGUCUACUACUACAUCAUUUAUUAGUAUUUAUUACAAAUUUCAAAUAGUACACCAUAUUCACUUCAACUUCAUCAGGUCAGUUACAGUCAGUAAUAUUUAUGUCAAUUGUCAAUACUCAAUUAAAAGUGUCAAUGAUAAUAUCAAACAAUUUAACUUUUAGUUUUACUACUCACGUGACAAGUCUGAGUUCAUCACACUGAAACUUUACUAAGCAGUAGGCCUUCAUACUAAAGACAUUCACUGGCAACUCUGCACACUAGUCUAACAAAUCUCAACUUCAACCAUUUCAACAUAAACUCAGUGUAUAAGUUUAGGGGACAAGCUAGUCAUUCCUGCAAUCAUCACUGCAGCAUGUGGCAGUCUAUUGACUGUUGCAUUCGAGCUGUUGCAGUAGGUUAAAACACAAAGCAGAUUUUGCAUGUUAAUGUAUCUACAAGUCAAGCAUUGCUCAGUCAUCAUCUAUGUCACCAAACUCUGCUGUUAGUAACAAAGUUUCCAUUUGGGGUCACUUUUACUUAUUUGUAAAAUUCUACUGAAAAAAUUUCUUUCAGUCAUUUGUUCACCUACUAGCUGAACUUCACUUUCUGAAACAGGGCUUUUAUCCAUGCCUUGACCCCCAAGAAUGUCAUUGGCAUGUUUGGCUCCAAUCUGCUUGUUAGUUUAUAGCCAUACCAGCAUGAUCUGGUAUCCACUGAAAGACCACGCUUCCUGCUCCCACCUGGAUGGUGUAUAUUAUUUUCAAGGUGGCAUUAACUACUUUCAAGCCCAACAAACUAUUUCUCACACUUUUUAGAGAAGAUAGUGAGUCAGUAAAGGCCGUAAUGGUUGGGAAUCUGUACAAACUACAGUGUAUCUAUUUUAGGACCCUAAGCAUUGCUUCAAGCAAAUAUCAACCACUAAAUUAUCCUACAGUUAACAAUAAAUUUGGUAUCAAUGAGCUUUUUACCAGCCAAUGUUAUUAUGAGCCAAUUUAAAACUGUCUUAAAUUUUUAAUGUCUUAAACAACUUGCUAACCUUACCAUCAAAAUUUCAGUUCAAAAAUAGUUCAAACAAAAAUGUAUUGGGAUUGGGCCUCACUGCAAGAGGAGAUUCAGUGUGACAGAGGCAACCAAUCGGUUUUACACAAAUUUCCUGCUAGUGUUGGACGAGAAGUAGCUUGUCAUGUUGUGAAGCACAUUGCUCAAAGCUUAAGUAUUGCAUCUGGCACAGAUGACCCUAGCACUCUGCAAGAUGAAAAAGAUGUUAAUUGGACAAUGGAGGUAAAAACACUUUACUAGUUAAGUUAUCAUUAAAAAAUGAGAACUUUCUUUUUAUUAUUUACCCAGAGCUCAUGUUUGAAUUCCUUAAAUUUUUAUUGUCAUUUUAAUCAGUUCCUUUAACUUUCUUUGUUUUUAAGAAGCUAUUAAUUCAUUCUUUAACUUUUCACUUUUAAAAGGUCUUGUGUUUUGGGCUUGGUCUACCUCUUACUGAACAUGAAACAAUCAACAAUUGUGUCAAGGUUUACGUUGAAUGGCUCACUGCUCUGUAUAACCCUAAACCCUGUGUGCCACGUCCCAUCAUUGAAGAUCCAAACCCUUUUGCUCAAGUUAUGUUGCAUCAUCUUCUUAACCUCUUCACACCUCGUCCAGAUUCUAGUAAGUUUUCAAAAUAUUAAAAAAUUAAUUAAAUUAUUAAAUUUGCUUAAUAUGGUUACUCUUAUACAUUUGCUGCUUAACAUUUUUUGCACUAAAAUAAUUUUAUUAAAAAUGUUAAAGUUUCAAAUGAUAUAAAAAUUCAACACACAAAUAGCUCACCAGCUUUCACUUUGCCCUGUGUUAAUUUCAAAAUUCCUAUUAAUCCUGCAUUAUGAUAGAAAUGGCUGACUAUGUAAAUUACUAUUGUAUUUUUUUUUUUAAAAAUGAUGUUCCUAUGCAAAAGGGGUUCUUUUCCAGGGGUGCGUAAAGACUCAGAAAAUUUUUAUUUGCUACCAUUGCUAGUUGUUGAUGACUUGUGUUUGUUUAGAAAUCAGGUUUAUUUCAAUUUUUAUUAGCAGCAGCAGAUGUUUUCGGGGUGAAUUUUGUUUUUCGCAUUAUUUGUACUAGUGCAUUUUUAAUUUGUUUAUAGAAUUAAUUAAAGAAGUAAAGCUACCGUAACUGAAUUAUUUUCAUAUUUAUUUAUUUAUUACAAUAAUUUUAUUCUGAACAAAAACUAUAUCAUUGCCAGCUCCGGAUUUGGUUAAUAAGCAGGCAGUAUUGUGUCAUCGUGUGUUGCGGGCUAUUGAGACUAUGGCUAAAGAAUCUGCAAUGUUGACAAGAGAAACUUGGGAGGUCCUUUUAAAAUUUCUGUUGGCUGCUAAUGACAGUCUUUUGAGUCCUCCAACAGAAAAAGGUAUUGGUAUUCAUUAAUAAGUUUUUAACAAAAAGAAUUUUAAUACAUAAAUGUUAUCUUGAUUGUUUCAGACCUAAUUAAUCUAAUCUUCCUUGACAUAAACACAAUUCGCCCUGAAUAAAUAUUAAAAGACUUACACAAUCAAAAUCAUGGAGACUUUGUGACGCAUGUCAUGCAUAAAUAUAUAUAAUUAUUUACAUAUCAACCAAUUUUCUUCAAAAUUGUAUUGUUAAUUUGUAAAGUAAUGAAUUAAUCAAACCAUUAUUAUUUGUACAGUUACUGAAGCUACUAAAAUGUGUAUUGGCUUAUUACAUCAUUGAAAUUUAUGAAAUUAUCACUGUUUCUUAAUAUUUAUUCCUAGAAGUCAUAUGAAAAGUUCUCAUUGUGUAAGCAAUAAUUAAAAAAUGAAAAAAUGUGAUCAAACAUCUGAAUAAUCUGGUGGUUUGUUUUCUAGUAAAGGCAAAACUUGAAAUUUAGCUGUAAAAUUCAAAAGUAAAAUGUUAUUUAGCUGUCAGGCAAAGUGCAUGUAAGCUCAAACUAAUAGAAUUCUACCACCCUAAACUUUUGAUAAAAGACAUUUUGAAAUGCUUAUCUUAAUUGCAUUUUUGAUACUGAUGCAUGAUAUUUCUUUAACUCCCACUUGGCAUCGGACAGAUAUAAUUGGAUUGAGUAAUGGUAAGAUCUUUUUGACUGGCAGAGGUGUGUGGUAGUGAACUCAAUAAAUUGUAUCUUUUUUAAAAAUAUAUUCCAAUGCUACUCAGAAAAUAACAUGUCUCUAUGUUUAUUAAUAAAUGUUAUUUUCUCAUGAGUAAUGAAAACUCAGCACUCUGGCUUCCAAAGAUUUUAGCUUUAAUUUAUGAAUACAUUUUAUGUUCUCUUGGUAACCAAAGAUUUCUUUUAUUUCAUUUUUGACACACAAAAGAAUAUAAAAUUUAAUUACUCCUGAGUUACAAAAAUUUUUCAAGUGAAUAGAAAGGUAUAUUUUUAUUCUUUAUAGACGAAAUAACUUUGCAUCCAGAGUGUUACUUUUAAGGCUAAUGAAUAUUUGGGGUUUUAGAAACAAUAAGCAGUGAUGUUUUUAAAAAUUCAAUAAUAAAUUUUUGAACAAAUAGAUCUUAUGAUCUUGAUCCCAAACAUUGACAUGGUCAGAGUUCAGUUGUUGAAAAGAUCCAGUUCUUUUUGGUUAAAAUAUUGGACCAACUAUUCAUGUACGCUUUCUGUUAAAAGCAUUCAUUUGGUAUUUGAAGAUCUAUGAAAACACUGUUGACAUCAAAAUUACUGGCAUGUUUCAAGAAAAUAGUUGUAGAAUUUAUUGAGGUACAUAUUCCUCCCCAUAUCACAGAAUAAAAUAAAUAUAUUUGUAUUAUUUUAUAAAUUAAAGAGAUUUCCUGACCUAGCUUUUUUGUGUGUGUAAAACACAUGAAAUACCAACUGUCAUUUCAUGGCUGCAUAGUAAUAAAAGUCAAUCAUCAAGAUCUUUUGAAUUUUUUUGUAUGUCAUAGCUCACUGAAUUAUUUUUCUGUAGUGCUACUGUCACUUUUUGUUAUGGAAUUUCUAAAAGUCAGGCAUUGUAUUUGAAUGUUCUCUGAAAUAAUUUAGUUCAAAGAGCAUACUUUAUUUUUUUACAUAAAAUAGUAAAGUAUAUGAUUAUUGCAAAAAAAAAUUUAAAAAACAAUCUCAUCUUGCCUCAUUGAUUUCAACUUUUGUUAUUAUAAAGACUUCCGUCUCUAUUUUGGAAAAUGUAUAUAAAAAAAAAAAAAUCUAAGUCUGUAUAAUGAAAUGACCAAAUGUUUGUGUCCUGGCCACCUAAAGAUAUGAAUAAAGGAUAAUAUACGAGGGACUGGGUUCAAGCCAUACGAAGGAAAUAAAUACUUGACCAAGAAAUGUUUAGGCUUGAAAAUAACAUGUCAGUUAAUUAAUAAAGAUCUGAAACUAGUUCUAAGCCUUUCCAUCUAGUGGGAAAUUGAGUAAUGUGACAUUUAAAUUUACAUUAGACUUUUUUCCAUUGUUAACUAAUUACCUGCCAGCUCUGUAGAGAGUUCAUUAUCAUUAACACUUGUUCAGCAAAAAGGUGUUAAUAGUUUGUUGUGCAUGCUAGGUUAUCAAAACGCUGGUCAAGCUUUAAGUUAAAGGUAUUCCUCAUAAUUGUUCAAGUUCUACUGAGAAUCCAAAUGUAUGUGUGUGCAUGUGGUGUUCCUGUGAUGUUUUCAGUGUUAAAUGCUGGUAACUCUGUCAGCAAUCAUUGGUGUUCUUUACCGUUAAUAUUUUUACAUACACAAGAAAAACAAAUGGUUUCAUGUUGUAAUGACACAUGUCCACAAUAUUUUUUUUUUCAUUUAUGACCAGCAAAGCUAAUAACCAAAAUUAAAAUUAUGCUAUCAGUAUAACACUGAGCUUUAAUCAGAAUUAUUUAUUUAGUUGAUAUUUUGUAUAAUUGUUGAACAUUUAUAACCAUUAUAUCAUUUUUAAUUGAGCUUCAAUUAUUUGUUUAGAAAACAUUUAAAUUUGCCUUUAUUAAUCAUCUGUCAAAGGCUAAACAAGCAACAUAAAAUAUUAAUCAAGUAUCAAAUACUAUUAUUCCAGUUGUUCACUUACACCAUUUUUGUACAUACUUACUUCACUGUUUGCUUUUUUUUUUUUAAAUAUUAGCACUGUAAGCUGCGUUCAUACCUCAUAUAUUUAAAACUUAAAUUCUGAUAACACUGCUGACUAAUUUGCUCCUAACAUUUAUUACAUUUCUGUUGUUUAGUGGUUUGAUCUUGGCUGAUUUGAACUGCAGCGUCUUCUGAACUUUUAUUUUUUUUUCAUAUAAAGAGAUACAGUAUUCAAAGUAUGUGUUUAUAGUAUUGGCAUGUUUGUUGUUAAAAGUUUGAUACUGGGCUAUAUCUUGCUGCGAGCUAUAUUUUAGAAUUAUAUUUGCCACUAGAAGACAAGUGACAGAUUAAUGAAAACAACAUGAAUUUUGAUCGCUUUCAUCUUCACUUACACCAAACGUUAUAAGCUAGGCGCUUAGAAAUUAUUAACUAAGCAAUGUCACAAUGUGCUUAAUAUAUAAUUUUUCUGUAACAUAUAUUCACAUAUAUCUGUUGCUUAGCCACUUAUAUUAGCUAUUUAAAAGAUAUUUCUGUCUGCCUUUUUUUUUUGCUAUUUUCUUUGUUAAUGCUAAUUUUCAUGAUUAUGAAAUUUUUAAAGCAUCAUAUACUUUAGUGGUGGUAACUAUAACAUUGAAACAUUUUAAUGAUAAGACUAUAUCUUCAACUUAGGUUCCCUUAAAAUAUGAAGCUAAAUGGAUUGAAAUUAAAACUUUUAUGAUUUUAGGAGACAAACAAAAACAAACAAAAAAUUUUAUCAGUAAAUUAUAAAUUUAUUUUAGAAAUGUAAAUGGCUGCAGAGUUGUUCAUUUUUUUCCAGUUUCAAACCUCAUAAAUAUGAGAGGUUUCAAACUCUGUUAGCUGCUAUUUAAAAAAUAAUUUAAAAAAAAAACGGCUAGUAUUUAUAAUAAUAUUUGUAUUACUAAGUGAACUACUGAUUUUUCUAUCAACUAAGGGAAAUAACUCUGGAGUUAGAAGUGUUUUCUCUUAGCAUGUAUUAACAUUUAACAUUGUGUUAAUUAUCAAUGCACUUUAGUGUGUAGAAAGGCUUAAGUCAGGGAAUUUAUGUAAACAAUUAAGUGUGUAUGAGCUCAUCACAGAGAAGGUUCUGUGGACUUUAUCCUGUCGGGUGUAUUUUAUUCUUCAAAGUUAUUAAAUAAAACAUAUUGCGUGGUCAAUAUGAUGCAAUACAUAGAAUUACUGUCUCAUGAUGGGUAAUUUCUAGAAUCUAAUAUUUGUAAAAAGUGUGUGCCACAUAAUGCGUCCAUGUUCUCAGCUGAUGUCAUUUAAGUAAGACAACCUUUAAACAUGGCUAUUCUAAAUUCAGCAGUGUUUCUAUGUUAAUCAUUUUGUGGGAGGUUUUGUAAACACUCUUCAAUCUCUAUAUUUUACAUCUUCCUUUCUUUCAGAAUUUUAACAUGUGUUUUGAUAAUCCUGCAAACUUUAUGGACUUUUUAUUCAUGAACAGCACAAUACUAUUCUAAACAAUGAUAUCAUCAAAUAAGAAUUUAAUGAAAUGUUAUAAUUUUAUUUUUUUAACGGCUAUAAAAAAAUAAUUUUUUCAAAUAUAUUAUUAUUUUAUUCAGAAUUAGCACCUGUUGAAUAUUUUUCUGCAUAAAAGCCAUUAAGAAUGAUAUGCAUGUGCAAAAUACUGGCCAUGUAUUAUUCAGAUAAAUGGUUUUAGGAAUAUCUGUAAACUAUUUUGCCCAUCUAAAAUUUGUUUCAUAUAUCAACUAGAUGACAUCAGUGACCAUCUAUGUGACCGAGUUCUAAGUGUCUUGUUCAUGGUCUGGGUUAUUGCCUGCCACAAGAGCUUCCCUUCUCCUUCAUUAUGGAAGACCUUCCGCAAUAUGUGUCUAUACUGGCGACACCAUGAGGCGCUUGUGACAAUGUGGCAUCGUGUCAACCAUGCUCUGACUGCUAGUAUGCUAAAGGUCAUGUAUGGACCAGAUUUUCCAGAAAUGGCAAUAAGUAUGAUAUAAAGCUUUUAGCACUUAAAAUUUGAAUAGUUAAUUUCAGGGUGGGGGUUGCUGUUUGUCAUGUGUUACAAUAACUGCAAGAAACCUAAAGAAGACUUAAACUUCACUGGUAUCAAUUUUACUAUCAUAAUUAUUCCUCUUAAUUUAUUAGAAUUGAUAGUUUUAUUUGAAAAUUGUAAAUUUGGAUUCUCAGAUUCCUAUUUACUUAAAAAGUGACAAAUUUUAACAUUAUUUAUUAAAUGGCAAUUCUGUGAAUCAAUUUGCCUUUUUAAAUUAAUCUUUCAACUUGUUUUGUUCCAUUCCUUUUUUUUUAUUUUAAGCUUGUUUCGUGUAAUGUUUUGCUUCUGUUUUAUGAGUUUUUUUACCAUAUUUAGUUUAGAAAUAAAAUACUUUUGAAAGCAAAUGAAUUGAAAGUGCUACAUCUUCUCUCAGGUUGCCUACAAAAUAAUUUGAGAAUUUUAUCUCUCUGCACAUAAGGUGAAGAAGAAUCACAACUACUUCCUGCUGACAUGAGCAAUGAAUCAAUCGCACAGUGUUGGUUUCGGUUCCUCCACAUUCUUCAGAACCCUGUAGACCUGAGUCGACCCAGUGUGGUGAGCAACACUCCCAAGUUCUUGCAAUAUGCCCUGACAAGUGAAGCUGUCAUAGACCCAUCUUAUCAUCCAUGUUUGGCUAGAUUACCUGUUGUCUUCUUGAAGGCUAUGAAAGGAAUAUCAGCCAUGGUAAAUGCCUUCUUAGGUGAGAUUUUUAAAAAUUUACACAUAUAUAGGCCCUGUCAUUAAUUGUAUACCUAUGACAAUUUUAAAUGUAUAUUUGUAUUCUUAAUUAAUUAACUGAUUUUAUCUUCUAAAUAUGAGUAUUCAUUGGGUUGAACAAAAUUUCUGAAGAAUUAUUUUAAGACGAUCUUUAUUAUUUAAAAUUGAUAUUUUUUAAAGAAAUUCAUGUUUACCAAAUUCUAUAACUCCUUAGCUAGCCUGAUAGGGUGUUAGUGUCCUUUAUAUGACAAUAAAAAGGAGAUUACACAUUUUAAAAAUCUAAUCAUUUAUUUUGUCAAUGACCGUUGCUUAAACCUUUUAGCCAGAAAACUUUGGGUAAACAUGAACAGUAAUAAGGGCAGAAAUUUAAAAAUGACUAUUCAUCGAUUCAGUCCCCUGGCAUCUGCUGAUUUGAAAUUAACAAAAUUUUUAAAGAAUGUUUUAAAAAAUCUUAAAUGUUUCCUUUGAUAAUUGUUCCUUCUUUUCCGGAACUUAUUUUUAUCUAAAAUUUGAAAACUUUCAACCCAGGUCUGCCACAAGAGCUGAAAAUGGAAACAUCAGUCAGUGAUAUACAGUCUAGCGUAAUGGGAAAUAAAAUGGUUACCACACCAUCCACCCCUCCAGGACAGAGACGAGCAGCUAAAACUAUAUCUGUUUUAACUGGAAACUUGGCCACAAAAGGUAAGCAAUAGCAGAAAUAAAAAUAAUGAAGCAUGCUAUUUUAAUCAUUUUUAUAAUGUUGAACAUAUAAAAUCUUUAACUUUUACUAUGUUUACUCUAAAAUACAGAUUGCCAGAUCAAAUAAUUCAUUAAUAAAAUGCAUGUUUAAAAAAAUUCAACAAUUUUAUUUUUAUGAAGAACAGUUGAAGUUAUGUUUAAAGACAUUACAUAUAAAAAUUCAAAUUGUGUUUGGUUAGUAUCUUCCAAGGCUCAUGCAGCAAAGAGCAUUGUUGCUCCACCAGUAAACAGUACCAAUGUAGAGAAACUUAUAUUGGAUACAAGAUUACCCUAUGCUCCAAAACGUCCUAAGUGUAACAGCAUACUCCAUCUGUUUGACGCAUGGCUGUUUGAUGCUGCCCUGGCUGGAGUUAAGCUUCACCCAGCUCAUGCUGCGCCUGGUAUUAUUAUUACUUAAUUUUUUAAUUGUACAUUCCAAUAUAAAGAUUUUAUUUUUUUUUUCGUAAAAUAAAUAAAGUUCUUUCAUAUAAUUUAAUUUAUUUUGAUUUUAAAUUAUGAAUAAAAAGUGUUUAGAUUAAAUUAGAAAAAAUGUAUUAUAUUAUUUUGUAUGCAACAUUAUCAUUUAUAAAUGUUUUCCAGGUCAAAUUUUCUUUUUUUCUUUUUUUUUUUUUUUUUCUGCAACAUACACUUGUAUGUCAAAACAAUUUGACAUGUGCAUUAAAAUGAUAAUGUGAUAUAUUUGGCUACUGGGCUCAUAACUAUGAGGCUACUUAGCCAUAUAUUUAUUUCCCUGACAAGCUAUUUCUUCCAGUAAAUUUAGAGGCCUACUAUUUCAUUUUUACAGUAAAGGAGCGCAGGACGAGUUCUUUUAUUGAAUCCAAGCACAGUUCCCUGUCUAUGGAUCUUAACACAGACCCGAGUCAGACAAGGGAUGUAGCCUACCAGGCUGGACGGGCUGAAGCAUGUGGAGCUCUUUGUCGCAUCUUCUGUGCCCACAAGACAGGGGAGGUCAUUCUCCCUGAAUACUACUCCCGUUUUUAUCUAAUCAUGUAUUAUGGUUUACAGACAGAUGAGGUUAGGAAAUCCGCAAUUUAAUAUUUAUUAACAUCAAUGCUGUGUUUCCCCUUUAUUUGUAAAUAAAAUAUCAAAUUCUUAUGAUAUCAUGCAAACUGGAUUAAUUUUUUUGCAAAAUCUAAAAACUGUGUUAUGUGUAAAACCUUUCAUAACUAAUUAAAAUUGUCACUAUAAUAAUAGUAAUCACAGAAAGUUUAAGAAUGAUUCCUCUGCUUAUUUUUUUACUAAACCUGGGGUGAAUUUUCAAAACCCCAUCGUCAAUGGACUUUAUUAUAUUAAAAGUAGGCUCUUUUUUCUGUGAAAUGUUUGCAAUGCAGAACCAGUAAAACCAGUAAUCUCCUUAAGAGUUUGAUUAUAACUGUUAAAAAUGGUAGCACAGUAUUUCCAAACUCAAUUUUACUUGAUUUGCUUUAUAAGAAUAGAUUCUUAUAAAAUUAUCAUGCAUCUUCAAAAAAAAAAUUAAUUUCCAUGCUGCACAAAAAGGUUGCCCACCCAUGCUUUUAGGUAUUAGAUAGACCGAAUCAUUCACUGGAAUGUUAGAGGUCUUUGCAUGGUAUAUGUCAUAUAAUAUGUUUAUUUAAAAUUGGACUGUAAAAGCUCAGUAUUGUAUUUUUUGUCACAGAGUACCAUUAGUGGUGAAGUGCUGUCAAAUAUACUAUUCAACUCCUGUUCAUUGCUACGUGUUGAUCUGGCUGGAGUCCAGCUAUUGCUGCCAUAUAUUUUGAGGGCCAUUGAGUUAGUUUUGAGCAAAACAACCCCAGACUUCAAGUAAAUAUAACAUUUUCCUAAAAGACUUACUCAAAAUUUUUUACACCAGUUAACUUACUGUACAAUAUAUGUACAACUUUUCUUGAUUAAUCAAGUAUGUAUUUUCCAUUUCAGGCUAUGUGAACAGAUUCCUUAUUCAGAGCUUAGAAAAGCGUGCAUCCAUUUACUGAUCUCAAUGCUUUGUUUGCCGCUACAUUUUAAAGAACUAGAAAUAAAAGGUAUUUAACUUAUCAGAUUUAAACCAUAAAAAGUAUGGGAUUUAUUUUUUUUUUGUUUUUAGCAACUGAAAACUUAUUUUCAAUCAUUGUCUCCAGAUAUUUUAAAGAAAGAUGAUGGUCAACCUCAAGUUACUUUCUUGUCCUUACGGACGCGUAUCACGGAACUAAUAAGGGUUGCCUUAACUAACGAGACAGACUCACAAAAUACUCAAAUGCUGCUUGGUAAAUAUGAUUUUAGAAUGUGAUAGAAUUUAAUAGUUAUCAUUUUGCACUCAGUGGCCCUUUAUUUAAUAGGUUUUUGGAUCCCCCCCCCCCUCUCGCUUAAAUAUGUGGAGCUUAAAUUUACUCCAGAAACAUUGACUAACAUUUAAAGUUUCAACUGUUUCCUGGAUUGAGGUAAUUUAAGCUCCUUUGUUAUUGCCUGUUUUUUAUUUUAUAGGUUUUUUGUACCCCCCCCCCCCCUCGCUUAAAUAUGUGGAGCUUAAAUUUACUCCAGAAACAUUGACUAACAUUUAAAGUUUCAACUGUUUCCUGGAUUGAGGUAAUUUAAGCUCCUUUGUUAUUGCCUGUUGCCAUUAAUAUACAGAUACCCGGUCAUUUAUUUUAUUCAUUUGGCAUUGAAUUUAGAAUAUGAAAAGGACAUGUAAUUAAAUUCUGACUUCCAGGAGGUUUUCUGCUGGUUGUUGAAGAUUUGGCCACAAGUGAACAAGCUGAUAAUCUCCCUUUACAGCCCCACCAAGAUGUUAGUGACUCUGACAUGCAGGGAGGUAAGCAACCUCGGAUAUUAAACACAGCGUAAACCGACUAAUCAAGAAAGCUAGACAUUUUGGAUGACACAUCCCACCCUCUUCAUCACAGAUACUUAGAAUCGGCCAGUUCGAGACGAAUUCUUUCUGUCAGGGCGAGGACUGAAAGAUAUAAAAAUUAUUUUAUUUCUCAAUCUGUACGAAUUUAACAGCUUGCUCCCCCUAAAGUCACACAUCUUAAUGAGAACUAUUAAGUCCCUGAUAUGGCUAAGAGAACUCACUGAAUGGCUGGUUUUUUUGGGGUUUUUUUUUUACUAAUGAAAUAAUUUAUUAAUAUAAAUGUCUUGUGUUCAAAUUGUUUUAUUUAUGUGCUGAAAAUGUACAAUGCAAUCAUAAAACAUUUCCAUUUGUUUUGAUCAAUAAAAGAAUCUUAUCUUUUAAAUUCAUCCUGGUGUUUAUGUUUUGACAUUUUUAUACCAAUUUCCAUAAUCCUAGAGAACUUAAAUUUGGUAUUGACACACCACAUAACAAUUUAUGUUAUUUAUGAAUUUAUAAAUGAAUUUAUAAAUGAAUUUUUAAAUUCAUGUCAAAAUGGCCAAUUUCUUUGUUCAGUUAGGUUUUAAAAAAGUUUCAAAGCCUAUCAAAUAGCAUAUUUGUGUUUUUAAGUUCUGCAUCUUCUUUAGGGCUGUUUGUUAAUCCAUCUAAAAUUUUAAAAUGGGAAAGUUUUGGGUCUUGGGUUCAAUUGCUGGUCUAGAGUUUUGAAUCAUGGGUUCAGUUGCUCGUUUAGGGCCAUUAAAAUCUUCACAUAUGGUUUACUUUUAAAGUUGCUAUCUCUGACCAUUUUUUUCACAAAUUGCUUCAAGAAAUUUCUAUGAUUUAAUGGUGCUAUUAAAAGAUUUUAAAAAAAGUAAAUUGGUCUGUCCAGUUAAGAAGAUCAUUAGCUUUUAUUUCUCCCUUUACUUGUGAAAUUUUGUAACAAAAUAUAUAUGGUAUGAAAUACACAUUUGAUUUUAUUUUAAAAAUUUUUGAAAAAUGAUAACCAUGAGCUAUAAAACAAACUUUUCAGACAGUAGUAAAACAAGCCCAAGUACCACAUCCACUGACACCAGUGGUUGCCAAGAGAACAGCAGAUAUCAGGAAACAACAUAUCAAAGACUACAGGCUCCCCCUCCUACCAACCUCGGUAAAUCAACAACAGUUUACUAAAGCUUGGGUGGUGGUAACAUUUUGGAGAGAUUCAUUCUAAAUCUUAAUUACACAUGUAACUAAACAUUUAGGAUAAGAAAAUGAUUGAUGGCAACUUUAGGUAAUGACUAUUCAAAAUUUAAAAGUGAAGCCCUACUACAUAUUUUUUAACUUUCCUUAUUGUUCAAGUUCAAUAACCCAAAUCUUUGUCUAGUCGAGAAAACUAAAUCUCAAGGAUGAAAAAAGAUUAAUUAAAAUGUUAAAAUUCCAUUCAAGGAACACUGUUGUGUUUUGUUCAUAUACAAACUAUUUUAUAGAUACUGCAUAUGGACUGUUUGGUCAUGCUACAUCUCUUGUCUGUAACCGGCUGAUGGCUACUUGGAAAACUGACCUAAAUGUUGCCCUGGCAGCAAUGGAACUAUUGGCUGGGUUAGCCAAGGUGAAAAUCAAACCAGCCAACAUGCUCAUGUGCAAGCGAACUGUGAAAUGGAUGUGUGAUCUCAUUGUGUACCAAGUGAGUGGGAUAGGAAUGGUACUUUCUAUUCUAAAGAUUGAAUUUUGGAAUGCCAAGAAAACUGAAAACUGUGUUUGUUUGGAAUUAUCAUUAUUACACAUUAUCUCCUCCACGGCUUGUCAAUUUCAUAUCAACAAAAAUGUAGCUUGUGUAUCACUUUUCAAUGUUUGUAUAUUUUUUAACAUUAAGUAAAUAUUUGGUGAAUUGACCAAAUGAAUAAAUUUUGCUAAUUUUUCUAUCACCUUUCCAUCUCAGUUUAAUUUUAGGAAUAAAGAAUAAUAUCAUUUUUACAUUAGGAAAAUGUUUAUUUGGUUCAAAAUUAUUUGUUUUACUUUUAAUUGAUUUUAUUUGAUAAUUUAAUUAGUUGAUUAUAAUGUGUAUUUUAAACCUUUUGGGACGGAGCGUUUUUGAACUGUCGGUGCCAAGAAGACAGAGCCCUUUUCACAAGCCCUGCUUUUACUUUGCAAAAACAUUUAUAAAAAAUAAACUAAUUACUUUACAAAAAUAAAACUAUAAAUAUUCAAGUAUGGAAUUGAAUGAAAUAAUGCGUUCUUUAUGAAUCAAACUGAAAUUUCAACAUUUAUGCAAAUGAAAAAAAAUUUAUAUUAAAUGACAGAACACCGUAAACUAUCAAUGACAGCCGCCAUUAAAAUGGGGAGAAAUGCGAGAACCAAUCUGAUUACCUGGUACACAGACCAGCCAGCUGAUCUCGAGGCUUUUAUUAUUGGGCAGAUAUUUCGGCCUUUCGUUUUUUUUUUGCCAUAACACUCUGGGCCGAUAGAUCGGCCCAGCCGUCCCAUGAGGGUAAAAGCACAUUAGAUUUAAGACUUCUAAAUAAUGCAUUUUAAAGAAAUCCAUGAAGUGAGGGAAACAAAAUUGUUACUGUUAGAUAAUAGUAACAUUUAGACGUCAAAAAUUAAUUUUAUUUGUUGUUUUUCUUUCUUUAUGAUUUUUAAAAAAAUGUAUUUUGUUAAAGAGCUUAACUAAAUGGAAAUAAAUUAAUUUAUUAAACACAUGAACUAUAAAAGUCAGUGUAUUUUUGAUGGAGUUAAGAGUAAGGGAGGAGAGGGGAGAAAGAGAAGAGCUUCUAUAAGUUAGUGUAGUGGUUAGUGGUGGAAGGAUAUGGGUAUAGGUUUGGGGAGUGAUGGUGCUGAGGUUUGUGGUUGAGAAUUAGUUGUAUGGGGAAGGGAUGUGGUGAGCUACAUUUACAUAGGUUUAAUGCAACGUUGAUUAGAUUCUCUUUUAGAACAAUUUGAUCACCUGCAAAAUCUGAAGAAUAAUUGACAUGAAUGUUGUCCAUUUCUAUCCCAGUGUUCCAGACCAGCACCAAGCCACUCUAGAGAUCUCCAUUCUAUGCUGUGUGCAGCCUUCAAGUGCUUACAGCUGUGGCUUGUGGAGCACAGCUCACUUCUCUAUGACAGGGAGUGCCUGCACCAGGUCCUGGAAGUUGUAGAGUUGGGCAUCUCAGGAUCAAAGUCACAGGUGACAUUCUAAUCAUUAUGUUAACAUAGUUUUUUUUUUUGUUGUUCCUCAUUUAUUAUUCGCAUUCUUUUCAUUCUUGGCUGCCACACUUUAUUACAUGGGAGAUGAAAUAAUGUUAAGAGACUGAAGAGAAAACAUAUUUCCACAAGAGAUUAGAAAAUUCAUUCGCAGCCUGUGUAAUUAUUGUUAAUUUUUAACCUUUUAGUAGCAUGUAAAUAGUUUACCGCCCCCCCCCCCCUUUUUUUUUUUACAAAAAAAGUUUGUAUGGUGUUAUGUAAGUCCUUUAUUUCAGACCUGUUUACUCUUAGGAUUUGGCGAACAAUGUAUGAUUUUGAUAUGUCUUAUACAAUUGUAUGCCGAGACCCAUUAGGACUACGAUUUUAGGAAACCCGGUUUGAAAAUAUGUACAUUCCGGUAGUUUUUUUCCCUGAUUAAAAAUAUACUUAAUUAAAAAGUACUUCUUCUGUUAUUAGUUUUAACUUGCAUUUGCAUUCUACAUCAAGCAGUGAAUGGAUCCAGAAAUAAAAUGGGUUGUGGACCAUCUAUAAUUAUAUUACUUUUUUCCUAAGAGGGGAAUAAAGUUUCGUUGAUUUAGACUUACAUUUUGUGUUGGGGGAGGCGGGGGGAGUCUUAAUAUUUAAGUAUCUAAAAUUAACGCCACCACAUUUUUGGAUGAUAGUUUUUGGGGAUGGGAGGUGUCUUGGCAGAAAGUAUGUAAGUUAUUCAAAAAUUCUACAAUAUUCAUCCUGAAAGUCCAAAUAUAGCAUAUUUAUGGCAAUGUUUGGUAGGAAUUAUUGCCAUGUAUUUUCACAAAUGAACUUGCUAGCUAUUCUCAGAUAGUACUCAGUAACAGAGGUAUUACAGCAGGAGUCUUGAACUGGGCCAGCGAUAUGAUAUUUUGCCACCCGCUACAUGACAGCAAAGUUUAAUGUUAAUGCGGCCCGCUCGUUUUCCCCAUUCUCAUAUCUGUAAUGUGACCCUCCACGACUGUUUCAGUCUAAUUUCACCGACUAGUCCAAUUCUGAUUUUUAUUAUGUUUGUAUAGAUUUGGACGUUGAUUAUGAUGGUCAAAACCGUUUUAAAAUCUAACUAAAGGGUUUUAUUUUAUGGUAUUUAUGAGACAAACAUUGCCAAAGUGCGGUUUUAUCAAAAGUUUAAAAAGUCAGUUAAUGGGUGACAAGCUCUUUUUCACUUUGAAGUCAAAGUUCAGGGCUGAACUUACUGAUGAGCGUCUUCAAGCAAAACUGAGAGUCACAGUUGUUUCCUCACUCAAACCAAAUGUUGCUUAGCUGUGCAAGAAGAAGCGCUGCCUGGCAACAAGGAGUAGAAGGAAAAAAGUGAAGCCUAGUUCAUGAGAACCUUAAUAUUUUUAUUUGUUAUUAAUAAAGAUUGAGGGAAUUUUAACAAUUGUACUUUAUUUAAUUUGUAAUCGUGUUUUUGUGGGAUACUUGAUGCGGCCCAGUCUCACUCAGACUAUAUCUCCUGCGGCCCCCGGAUGAUUUGAAUUUGAGACCCCUGUAUUACAGUAAUAUUUAGACUACUGUCUUCAAUGUGCUUGUGACAUAAAUUUAGUUGGACUACACCAGUGGUUCUAAAAUUUUAGUUUCCUGGCGCCUAAGCCAAAUUUGUGUGUUCACCAGGCUCCUAGUGUUAAAUUCUAACUAGUGCACUACAAAAUAGGGCACACAUAAAAAAAUAAAAUAAAGGUUUGUGUAAAAAUAAGUAUAAAAUGUAUGUAGGUCACUAAGCGCCAUCUAGUAGCUGCUAGCAGUAGAUACUCAAGUGGGAAACUGUUUGCACCAUGACUAAAAGAUGUUAGAUUGGAUUAAAAGUGGAAUUAAAAAAAUGAAAAUUUUGUAAUAUCUUGUAACAUCACUGUGAGGAAGCCGUAGCAAGCUAUUUAUAGAAAAAUGUGCAUCCCCAGGGGGGACCAGUAAAAGGAAUAUUUUAAGUGCCCCUUGUCUUUGUGAAGUCAGUGGGAUUUUAUAGUUUAAUUCACUCUCAAGGUCAUUUCUAAUGACGAUUUUGGCGCCCCCUGAUUUUGACACCUGUUGCUUCUAGCCCCAUUCUCAUGGCCCUACCUGGUAGUUUAUUUUUUGUAAAAGACCCCCCCUAAUUUUUAAAUUAAUUAUUAUCUUAAAAAAUUGUAUUUUAUGCUGUUCUGACUUCGAGUUUACCUGUGACAGACUGUAAUAAUGUGAUCUGCACGUUCGCCUUAUUAUUAUUUAAUAUCUAUAGUCAAUACAUGUUUGCAAAACAAAGUGACCGCAGACUGAAAUAUAAACUUCAGUCAUCUACUUUUAGAAGUUACCUUUUUCGACGCCAGCUUAACUCGAUUCCAAUAGUCAGUCAAUGCGAGUAAGUAUUGUAUACAUUAUAUUUGCGGUGUUUAAUUUAUUAUUAAGAUACUGUACUGUACGAUUUUGAGACGAUAUUGUACAAUUUUUGGAGUUUGAGGGUAGACAGGUCUGUCAUUUUAUCUCACCUAUACUUAUAAUUUGUAUUUCCUUUAUCAAGACCAACAGAGAUAAAAAUUAUUUCAAUUUCCCAUUUCACCAUUAUAAUCCUAUCUUCAUUCAUUGCUAUUUUAUACAUUUUCCUCAUGAUGCGUAUAAUUUUUUAAAAUUACAUUUUUUACUGUUUUUGAAAAGUAUUUUUAAAUAAUUGAGCAGAUCUGCCACUGACUUCCACCAGUCAUGUUGGCAGCAUCAGCUAAGUAGCAUUGAUCAACAAAACAGCUUCUGGUGAAUGCAUUGACAGCCAGUUACAAAUACAAAUGAAUGAAAAGAAAUGAGUGAAAAAAUUAAAACUUGUAAUUUAUCAGCUAGAUGACUCAGUGCUUAUAAGGACUUAUACUUAUAUCAAUGAGAGGAUUGAGAAACCAACACUUAAUUGUUAUAUAAAUUCGUUUUCUGUCAACAAUUAAUUCAGACUUACCGAGAGUCUUGAAACUCACAUCCUCACAGGGUAUUCUUUUCCUCAAUCAGCUAUCCAAAGCUGCCCUCAAUCUAUAAAUGAGCUAUCAAUGUUGCCUGCAUUCCAUAAAUCAGGUAUCCUACACUUCAAGCAAUCUAUCAACCUUGGCUCUCCUUGAUUACUUAUGUACACCAUUGGGCCUGCCUGCGGGCCUUGCAGCUCAAGGUGUAAAUCUAAUAGUUAAAACUAAGCGAUCUGAUGGUGGUACACUUCUUAUAUAACUGGAGCUUAGAGAUGAAUGGUUUUAAUGUGAUGUACCACAAACGGUGCUUGUUGGCAUCACCUGUCCAUAAAUGGGACUAUUCAUUCAUCAUUUAGUCAAGUGCUUACUCGUAGAAGUCUAUGAUUUUUGUUCCAACAGACUAAACAAUUGUCAGCAACUUUAAUAUUCACUACUUUUUAAAAAAGAACUGGAAUAAUGAAUUAAAGUUAUUAAUGAGUAAAUUCUUAUGAAAGUGCAUGAAAUUCUCUCUUCAAAUGUUGCAUUAACUCCAGGCCAGACCCAAUGCAGGCAAUCAGCUUUACCCAUGGAGUCGACUGGUAGUAAGUAUAGUCUGGGCUACCUAUUCACAUACUUGUCAUUGAACAGCUUCCUAAAUAUUGCUUUCAAAAGCAACAUAAAAUCCACAACAGCAAAAAAAGGCUUGUUUUGUACAAAAAUGUAUAAUAUGUUGUACAGACAGCUGAUACUUUUUGCUCAUAAAGAAAACUUCUUUGAUUAUGCUUCUACAUAUAGCUAUUUUUAUAAUUAUUUUUAUCCACAUCUAUUAAACAUUAUUUGUGUACCACAAAACACUAUGAAAGUGGGAGUUAAUUCCACAUGUGGCGUCUUUGGCAACAGGUUAGCAGAUGUCAUCACAGCUUGUAUUCUUUUUGCAGGAAUGUCAAUAUUUUUUUUUAUGUUUGUUCAAGAUUUGAAACACUGUUUCUGUGGAUUAUUUAUAAAUGUUUACUUUACUGUUUCACUUGUACACAUCCUGUUAAUUCUAUUGUGAGUCAGAGUCACGAGUAAGAUUGACCAGUUUUGCAAUCUUGAAAUUGUUAGGAUCGACCAGGGUUGCAAUCUUGAAAUUGUUUUAAGGAUUGAAAAUAAUUAGCCUCAUCAACUGUAUCAUGUGUCAACUGAUUAGGGGAUGUAACUUUAAGUUGAAACAUGAAGUUUGUAGAGAUUCAGAUCAUCAGAUCAAUUUAAUAUUACUUAGAUUGCUUUCUAAAAAUAUUAACCAAUCAUUCAUUUAGGUCUGUGUGACUUGAAACCCUUUAUUUAUUUUUUACACUGAUAGAAUAGUAUAAAUGUUCUAACAAAAUGCUUAUAUUAAAAAAUCAACUAAUACCAAAUUAUGCUUCAAAUGUAUUUAUUUAGUACAAAUUCAAACUCAGGUAAAUUUUCCUUUCCUUUCUUCCUUUCCAAAGUAAAAAUGAUUUUCAGGGUCGAUUAAUUUUGAUGAGCGAUAUCUGCCUAAGAAAGUUAUGAAUAAGUAAUUGCAAUAAAAGUUUUUGUUUAUUCUCUGAAAUAGCAAGCUAAGCUAUUAAUGUUAUGGACAGUGUUUGGGAUUAAAAAAAAAAAUCUUUUAGAUGCAUCCAUCUGACAACAACCCGGAGUUCUUUCUAAGGAAAAACUGAUCAUUUUAUUUUUCAUUUCAUUUAGUCUACUGGUCACUAGAAUGAUAUCUCAAAUGGUGACUAGAAUGAUAUCUCAAAGUUCAAUUGAAUUCCAAUAUAUUUAAGCUCUACUGACCUGUCUACAUUGCUGCAUACAUUUAAAGUGCUUUAACAUUACUUACCCCCUAAAUUAUUUUCUCUUAAUCUACUUAUUCUAGCCCCAUAGUAAUCAAUUACUGAUGAACUUAUUUUAACAACAUUAAAUAACAGAAUUAUGUGCAUUAAAUUUUAUCGCCUCUUCCAUUCUCUUAAAAAAAGUCCAUAUUUAAUUCACCCAGAAGCAUUGACGGGUCAUUAAAGUUAUGUCUUACUACAGAUACAACAUUAUUUUGUUCAGUUAAUUGUAGUUACUUUAUAAUGAAUCUUUACUUAAUAUGCUGGUUGUGUCUUUUAAAUACAUUACCACCCACCUGCUAUGCACUAGUGGAAAUUUUUUUUUAAUGCUUUCUGGAUAAAACCAUUUAAAAAUUAUAGUUUUGUUUAAAAAUAAUUGGUCUUAGAGCAAUGACAAGUUGCAAGCUUUAAAAAAAUGAUAAUUUUAUUUUGCUACUAGUUUCUUCUUCUUAUUGUUUUGCAUAUUUUUAAAUUUAGGAAUCGUCCUAUGCUAUAAAAAUUAAAUGAAACCAUUUUUUAUGUAUAGAAUACACACCAUAGACUUUUACUCAGAAAGGACUUUGUAUUUUCUUCAUUAAAUCCAAAAUAUAAAUGAAUAUGACAUUACAAAGCUUACUAACAUCAGCCAAGCCACCUAUUAUAGUGGAUGGGACUUAAAUCUCAUAAAUAUGGCUUAUACAACCGAUGUGACAAAUCCUUGAGUGAAUAGAGAAGAGCUAUUUUGGAUCUGACAUUAUCCAAUGACCUCUGACAUUAUCCAAUGAACUUUACUGUUAAUUAUUUUUGCACCAGUUUUUUUACUCUGUAUUAGUAUUAGUUUAUUAUUUUAGUUAAUAAUCAAGAUGGAAGCAUUUUUAAAAAAAAUAAAAAUAACGAAGUUUUUAUAAGUUAUACAAACAAUUUUUUUACCUGAUGGGCUGCACAUUUUGUUUCUGGUGAACCUUCCACGACCAUUACUUAUUGUGAAUAAAGCAAUCCCAUUUUUGUCUGCAUACCUUUUUUUUUUCAAAUAACAAUAAAUUAACUAUCCCAUAAAUUAAUCCUUUCAAUUGAAAUUAUUACUGAAAUAAAUAUUUAUUAGGUUUAUCUAUUUUUUUUUAUGUGUCAUUUAGACAUUGCGAUGAACUCAAUAUUUUUUAAGUGUUUCCUUUUUUAAUUUUUUUCUUUUAUUUUGUGCAAAACUCAACUUCUUCUUUCAGACUAAAACACAGGAAAUGCAAACAGUUAAAGUGAAAAUUGACAAGGAUUCUAAAUCUGUGUCAAUGAAGGUAUAUUAAGGUCCAUUAGAUUCCCUUUUAUCAUAUCUGCUGAUGGCAGGUUGUUUACAUUUCACUAGAAAACCCUGUAGUGCUUACCCCCCUCUGGUGGCCGUCCCAUUGUCUUUUCACGGCUUGCUUGUGUUGUUUGGUGCUCUGAUUUGUCCACUGUUUCUAGUGCUCUCUGUCUCACUUAGGUUAACAAUGAAUGGUGAAGCGUUUUAGAAUUAACAGUAGAUGGACAUGAUGAGUAGGUUUGUAGACUAAACAACACAUUAACAUAUUAGGCCCAUCAUUGAAACUGACAUGGAUGGUAUGCAAAUAUUUUUCACCAGCAUAUUAUCAAUCACAAAAGAAUGAAAAAGUCGCCACUGCAUCUUAAAUUUAUAGAAAAUUUUAUUUAUAUAUCGUAAAUUUAUAGAGAAUUUUAUUUAUAUAUCCUAAAUUUAUAGAGAAUUUUAUUUAAAUAUCCUAAAUUUAGAGAAUGUUUUAUAAGGAGAUAAAAGCAUAACAGUGAUAAGUAACAUGGAAGUCUCAGGGGUUAUUCUCCCUUUGAUGUGUUUAUAUUACCUUAGAACUGAUUUACUUUCAUUAUAAAUUGAUUUUUUAUAAUUUAAUAUUUAAUCUUCAUGGUUUGUAGAAAUAAAUAAUUUCUUUACAGUACUUGAUCAUUCAUAGAGACGAAUGCUUUAUGGGUUGGAUUAGAUACUAACCUACUAAACUAUAUUGACUAUUAAUGUUUGAGUGGUUGAGUAGUGCAUGAAACAAGUAGUUUGAAGAGAUAAAGUAGCCAAAGCACCUUGAAAAUGUGCAUGAACAUUAAACAAUACCUUAAAAUGUAGCUGAGUAAAGACUGGAAAUACAGAUAUAUCAUAAGCUGCAUUAAAACUUUUGGAGACAAUGUCAUAACCAUGAUUCUGCAUAAAAUCCUGUCUAUUUUGGGGCGCGUAGUUUAGGAUUUAAUCUGGGUUCAAAUGUUUAGUGAUAAGUUUUAUUCAUGUCCUGAAUUUUAAAGAAGGAGAAAAAAACAAAGCAAUGUAUCCAUGUUAUAACAUAAUUUGAAAUGUUUCAAUUAAUGUGUGUAUAAGCCCCACUAUCACUCAUAUGAUGCAAGUCUGGUUUAUAAUUUUAAUACGGAUGGUGCUCUUAAUAAUCAAAUUAAGUCUUCUUUUUUUCCCUGGUUCUGAAAAUAUAAAUGCAAUGGUGUUAAACUUAGUAAUGGUGUUAACCUUAGUAAUGGUGUUAACCUUGGUGAUGGUGUUAACCUUGGUAAGAGGCAAUCCAUUUAAAACCAAACUUCAAUACAUUGAGGUGGAAACCAUGAUCAUUUUUAAUAAUAUAAAAUUGCUUUAGGGUAUGGGUAUUUAUUUUAGAUUCAUUGAAUAUAGGCAACAAAAAACUCCCAUUAAGUUAACGAGUUUACAGAGCAUUUUACACCAACAGCAAGUUACAAUUUGUAGAAUUAAAAUAAAUAAUUAAUUAGUUUUCUUAAACAAGCCCACAUACUUCUUUUGUUGCAACUUUCAAAUAUAUUUAUCUAUGGCUAACAUGUCCAAUGUUAUAGAAUGCCAUACUUUCACCUUUACUUGCACUGCUGUUUAUAAAAGUUAAUUAAAAUUUUAUUAAAAUUUUUUACAAAUACAGUAAUACCUUGUGCAUUCGCAAUUGGGUUUUCAUUUUAUCCAAACUAAUUUUGAUUUCUUGAUAUUUUCAUUUUUGCAAAUUCCUUGAAAAACCCUGCAAAAUUGUUUAUGCUUAAUUUUUAAAUUAAUUUUAAAAUGUUCAUGCUUUUAAGGGUAAAAUCUGUAUGAAUAUUUUGUAAACAAAAAAGUUAAAGACAUACACAAAUCAGUUAAGAAAUUCCUACGAAAAAACUUCACUCUCCUAGUUUAGAGUCCAAUUCAUUGUUAAACUUUAGAAAUUAGCAUUUUUAGUGACUUUUACCAAAUAUUUGCUAUUCCUCCUGAUCCACGAUGGGUUGUGGAACCUAACCUCAUGAAUGUUAAAGGUAUUACUUUUGAUCUGUGAAAUCAUUCAUUGCUGGGCAAAAAUUAUUGUUCAGGUUAGUUUAUAAAUGGCCUCUCCUCAGCAAGAGGGUUAAGUUAAAAGCAGUCACCCUCCAUUGCUUUUGCAAAUUAAUUACAAUUUUCGGUGAAAACUUUUGAAUUUAUUUAAUAAUAUUAAUGAAGGUUGAUAGUUUGGGAAAGAUUCAACAGUCCGGUUCUGUAAAUAUUUUAACUCUGUGAAAGGAGAGCACCUUAAAUUAAAGUUUUGUCAGUUUUAAUAAAACUAAAAUUCCUGCAGAGUUGAUAAUUAUAAUAUACAUCACUGUAUUCCUGAUCACUGUGUGGGUGAAUAACAUUCAGAGAUAAUAUUCUAACAAAAUAAUUAAAUUUCCAAUUUUUCUGGUGUUAGAUCUAGACCCCAACCCGUGGGCAAAGUACAAGUUCCCAUAAAAUGUGAUCAUAACAACUCUUGGUGUUUGGGGAAAGGGCAUGUAUUUACUACAAUGUUUGUUCUUUUGAGACUUAAGAUUUUUAUAAUAAUAUUUAAAUUUUAGAAAAUAUUUCUCAGAUCUUAUAGAAUUUAUAAAUGUUAAAGAUAGCUUUAUGUGUUCCAGCGUGCCUUGUUUUAAUGCAAAUUUAUUUAAACACAUUGAAAAGUAUUGUUAAAAAAAAAAUCUGUAGUGAAGGUUUAAUUUAAAACAAAAAAUGCUUUGCACAUUUUCUAAUUCACUUACUGACUAAAUCCACAAGUGACUUUCUUUCUGUAAUGACCUGGUAUUGGUCCUAAAUCCUCAAGUAAAUUUCUUUCUGUAAUGACCUUUAUUGGUCCUAAAUCCUCAAGUAAAUUUCUUUCUGUAAUGACCUGGUAUUGGUCCUAAAUCCUCAAGUAAAUUUCUUUCUGUAAUGACCUGGUAUUGGUCCUAAAUCCUCAAGUAAAUUUCUUUCUGUGAUGACCUGGUAUAGGUCCUACACAAAGAUGUAAACAUUUUUUUAACGGAAGUAAAUAAUUUCAAUAUGGCCUUCCUGAGGUUUCUCAGCUUAGAGAGGUCUCUUGUCUCACCCUGUGAUGUCACCUUGGCAAAACUAAACAAUAUCCUUAAGAUGAGUGGUGUUUCUUGUGAGUGACAGUAAAUAUUUGAACCAAAUAUGUCGGUGUGUAAAUUUGAGGACCCUGUGAAUGUGACGCUUCCCUGCCCUGAUUUCAGUUGAUAAUCAAUGUAUCAGAUCAUCUGUCACCAUAAAUAAACACUAUCUAAUUUGUAUCAAACUUUUCUUUAUAUCUAUAUUUGUUAUCUUUCAAUCAAGCUUAAAUAUAGUUUUGUUUUAAAAUGUAUUCACUACAAACCUUCAAGACAUACAUUAUAAACAUUACCGGUAGUUUUAAGUAAUUCAUUUUAACUUUUUCUGCAAAGUUCAUCCAUUGCAUUCCUGACUAAAAGUUAAAUAAAAUUGUGAUUCUUUAUGACAAAUAGAAUUAUUUUACUUUUAUUUAUGGACUUGUCAUGACUCUGUUACUCUGCGGUUAUAAUCAUCAUUUGGAUGUUAAAGAUGUUUGCUCUUUUUCUAUUGUCAGCUGUCUGUUUUACAUUUAUUUUUAUUAAUAGAUUAAGAAUAACUAUUAUACUUGUGUAACUGAAAUGUUUGAUAAAAUAUAAAUAUUCAUAUAACUAUUGAUGAAAACUUCCAUGAUUUAUUGAACCCUCAGAAUAAUUUAACACCUCUUCAUAAGAAGGAUUAACUAUUUAAAACAUACUUUUUUUCCAAAUUAAAGGAACAACACACUUCUAUAUAAGUUUACAUAUAUAACUGUGCUGAUGACUUUCAAAAAUGUUUAUUUCCUCUAAAUGUGCUCAUUACCCUUGAAUGUUGAUAACACACCGUCAUGGCAAAGCAGGGAUAGAGAAAGAGUGACUCCAUUGAGAGUAUUUCCAUGUGUUUGGUAAGGUAUUUCUUUUGUUUCAUGGCAAUGUUUCAGAAUAGAGCAAGUGAUCCACCCAAGUUUAAAGGCAACAAAGAAUUGAUGCCUGCCUCCAUGAGGGUCAAAGAUGCUGCAGAAGCUCUGCUAACUUGUAUCAUUGACCAAGUGGUAUGUGCUUGGUUAGACUAGUUACAAUCUCUACCUGGUAGCUUUUUAUUGCAAUAACCAGUCCAUUAGCUAUAAUUUCUAUAUAGUUAUAUAUACCAUAUCCUGCAAUAUACUUCACUUGGACCAUCAACACUCAACAAGAUUAGUUUGUUGAAUUUAGUCAAAUAUUUUCAAUUAUGUACUUUGAUACAUCACUUACUGGGAGACAGUGAUUUUUAUCAUGAUCAUAUAACUUAAUCACUAUAUUUUCUACACUUUGUAUCUAUUAUUUUUGCUUGUUUUUCCUGUCCAGGGUGCCUUUCCUCCUCCGUGUGGUCCUGAGUCAUUGUUUUCACUACUUGAUGAGAGGUCUUUGCUCAAAUUUGCUAAAGGCAAUGCACUUCCUGAGCAGGGUUCCUUGUUUAGAUAUUUUGUCAUAGACAACUCUGUUAUAGUUGGUUUACUGGAACAACCUCUUGGAAAUAUUGAAGGCAGGAUGAUUGUUUGUUUUUUUAAAAGUUUAAAUAUCACAAGUAUUGGUAUUCAUCUAAUUUAGCUAAAGCUCUUCUCUUCAUUGAAAAACAGCAAAUUAAUCAUCUGUAUAUGGGUGAUGUAUGUGUGUGAAGACAAUUUUGUAGCUUCAACAUGUUUAACUCUACAGUUCAUUGUUUUUUUUUUGUUCUUUUUUAUUUUUUUAGAUCAUCUCACAUAAUAGGAUACCAUAAAAAGGGUAGCUAACUAAUACCCAUUAUGUUAUAUAUUUAAUUGUUCAGAAAUAAAUGGAGCUUCAUAUUUUAUAAAUUGUGCUUGAAAAUGAUUGUGUUUUCUUACAAUCAUGAUUGAAGUGAGAAAAUUUUUUUACCUUUUAACAUUUUUUUCCCACAAAAAGCAUACCGUAAGAAGUAAAAAAAAAAAAAAACCUAUAGAAGAAAAAAUUUAAAAUUUGUUUUUUAAUUCUGAAAUCAAAAGUAUACAAAAUCCAAAAUAAUUUUUUUUUUUAAAAUGAUUGUGUUUUCUUACAAUCAUGAUUGAAGUGAGAAAAUUUUUUUACCUUUUAAAAUUUUUUUUCCCACAAAAAGCAUACCGUAAGAAGUAAAAAAAAAAAAAAACCUAUAGAAGAAAAAAUUUAAAAUUUGUUUUUUAAUUCUGAAAUCAAAAGUAUACAAAAUCCAAAAUAAUUUUUUUUACACAUACAACUGUUAUUUUGACAAGAGACCUUAUUAUGCAUAAUUAUUCCAAUAUAAAGUUUACAACCUAUUUUUUAUAUUUAAAAGUUUAUAUUUAAUAGAAGUACAUAAAAAAUGUAUUACAACAAAUAAAUUUAAUAAUUUUUUUUUAAAGUUAUUGAAAUUUUAAUAUAUAAUAAAUAAAUAGACCAAUAAUAAUAAUAAAGCUAGAGCUUACAUGACUAAAUCAGGUCUUAAAAAAUACAAAUACAGUCUAAGAAUCUUCUAGGCUUAGGGGAUGUUCUAACAAUCAAAAAUUAUUUGUCUAGAUUAUUUUGUAUAGAUAGAAAUGUUUAUAACAUUUAAUUACCAAUACAGUCUGAUGCUCUUUCUUUUCGAGACAGUAACUCUGCAUUAUGUCAUUAGGCUCAUGUCCAUAAGUAAAGAAUAACAAAGUGUUUUGUAGGUGAUUAAAUAUUUUAAAAUUUAUUUUUAAAAUUUUUAUUUCCAUUUUUAAAAAAAGACCCUUUGCCAACUGUAACUGCCUUAAUAAGAGGAGCAUUUGGAAGACAUGCAUGGACCAUGCAAUUAAGGCAUUCACCAAGAGCCAGCAAAGUAAGAACAUUUAUUUAUCAAAUUGAUUUAAUUACUUAGAAAUCUUAGGUGUCAAGAUUAUCAAGAAGAUGAACUCCAAAUGCAUGUUGUUUUUUUUAUGAUUGGUGAAUAAAAAUGGAAGUAUAUAUUCUUUAAAAAAAAUUAAUUAAAAAUUACUAAAAGCAAUCCAUCACUUUGCUCUUAAUGGUAAAACUUUUUACUUUGGUAAAACUUCUGUGUUGGAUCAUUCACUUAAACAAAUCAUGUUAUAACUGUUAUCGAUUGUCCUCAGAUAUCUUCAAGGGCUCACCUGGCAGACCCAGGCAGACCCUCACCAGAUGACAAUGUAGGAAAACAGCACAAUGUCAAACACAGAUACUUUCCUGAGAGUGUCUACAAAAUACCUCAAACUAAGGCGUAAGCUAAUCACAAAUGAUUUCAUUUCUUUAACAGUAUUAUUUAUUACUCUAUGUACGUUAUCAAAUAUUUAUAACUAUACUUAAUAUUGAAGUUAAGAUAAAUGAAUUUUUAGAAUUAAAAUAUUUAAAAAUUUUCUCAGUUGUAAAAUAAAAAUCUAAAUUAUAAACUCUUCUUUAAGAUCUAUAAAUUUCUUGAAAAGUGCUUCUUAUGAAGCCAAACGUGUCUUGGUAUUUUUAGUUCAUUCUCUUUGAGGAAAAAAAUCUUCAAAUGUAGCUGAUUUGAGGAUUAAGUGGUAAUUUAUGUGUGCAGUGAGAAGAGCAUCCCACCCUUGGAAUCUGUGCUGACAGAAAAACAAUCAGGUGAUGUUGAAAAGAUGGAAAGUUUGAUUGACCAGGUGGCAACAUUUGAGAAUGAAGUGAGCCAUAGAGCUAAAGUAGAAAGGGAGACAACUCCAUUUCCUGAUCCAUUGACAGAGUGCAAACCUCCAAAGUGAGUGAGAUUGGACAUGUGCCAUUUGUCAGACAUAAACAACUAACCAAUAAAUAUUUCAUUCUAGAGCAAAACAAACCAAAAUCCUUUUGUUAAUGUGUUACUGAAAAGACUUUGUUUUCCAUUUUUUUUUAAUAAACUAAAAAAAUUUUUAAAUAAACUUAAUUUUUUUUUAAAAUGUUCAUUUACAACAAAACAUUAGGUCAUGUGGCAUAAAUUUGCAAAUGUAACACUCAAACCCUUUAUGUAGCAGUUAAACUAAAUAUUAUGAAGGAAAAAUUUCCAGGAGUGUGUGUUUUUUUUAAAAAUUGCAUACAUUUUAACCAGUUUUAUGGCUUCUACCUUUUUAUACAGACCAUUUUUUUCAAUAAUUGUCCGACAAUUUUUAAAGAUAAAGAACCAUUUGACCUAGGUUUCCUUUUUUUUUGUUUGUGGAUAUUCUAAUUCCUUAUUCAGAGCUGUGAUAUUAUGCUUAUAAAUUCACUCUGACAAGUUAAAAAAGAACAGUCAAUCUUAGAUGCGAUAAUUUGAAAAAAAAAAAUAUAUUGGUGUUGGGAAUUUAUAAAUGAUGGGGUUGAUAUAUAAUUUGGAAGUAAUCUGACGUCUGGUAAUCACAUUUUUUUAAAAAAUAUCUACCACUUUGAAUAUGUAAAUGUAAAUAAAGUUUAUUCUGUGCUUUAAUACACUUAUUUGGUAGUGAUAAAAAGUGUUGAUGUAAUUAUUUAUGUAUUUCAGAAUAUGCAAUGAGUAUCAGACAGCUCGGCUUUUCCUCUCACACUAUGGUCUACUCUCUCUUGAAGCCCUGAAAGUAGGCAUUUAAAAUCAUAAAUCUCACAUAAUGCUUCAACAUUUAAACUCUUUGCUCAAAUCUUAAAUAAGAAAAUAAUUAAAUGUAAAUAAAUUACAGUAAUGAUGUAAUAAGCAUGUUCAUCAAUUUAUCUUUUAAUUCUAAAGACCUCAUGUGUAAUGUUUAGUGUCCUGGAGGAGAAUAAAAUUAAUCACAUAUAAUUUAUAAUAUACAAUCUGAGCUAUUUCUAUGUGGCCCCCACUUACAAAUGUUCUCAGAUAAUUUAUUUCCUGAUUCUAUAUUUCAUUCAGGAGCCAUCUAACAGCAGUGUGCCCCCUGACCUCAUCAUGUUGGACACAACAAACACUGGCCUGCUGACUGACUUGGAGUGUUUGGACUUCAUACCCAGCCGUGACAAUGACACAGUUCACAUUUUCUAUGUCAAACCGGGGCAAACAUCAGCUGCAGAGAUCCUCAGCAAUGUUGUAAGUUGUACUCUUAUAAUCUGCCAUUAGUGUCUUUAACAUUGCAUUGACAUCAACAUUAUCAUAGAAGUAAUUUAUUUCUUCAUGUCACUGUAAAACAACAACAUAGAAAAAUUCAAUAUCAAUAUAUGCGUCUGCUAUGGUACUGGGGACCAUGUCUGUCACUGUGCAAACAACCGAUAUCAGUUAUUUUGAGAUUACACAUGUACACAUUCAAUCAUAUAUUAUAUCACUGCUUGCAAUUAAUUCUCUAGUAUUCAGUGAGACUAACACUCAAAAGCAUAAAAAUGGUAAUAAGGGUUGUUACAGCGUUUUGUUUUGAGUCCCAAGAGUUCUAAAAUAUUUCUCUUUGAUACUUUUGCUCCUUAGAACUCAUACAAUAAUGUUCAGCCACAGUUUGUAGAAUUCCUACAUGCUCUUGGGUGGCCCGUUGAUGUGAGGAAACAUGCUGGUUGGACAGGUCAUGUGACGACAUCUUGGAAAAUCACCGAACCCGAUGACAUGGACGGUAUGAAUGAACUGACACAAGCCACUUUCAGCUUCCUAUUGGCCUUGAAAAUUACUGGUCUUUUCAGACAAUAAUAGAAGACCCAUGGGACAUUUCUGAUUUCUAUGAUAAGAUUAUGUCAAUAUAGAAAUAAGAGAUUUAGCUAAAAUAGAUUGAACUAAAUUAAAUAAGACAUUGAACAUCCUAAACAGUUUUGAAAUAAGGAAAUUUAGUAAUCAACAAAAAUGACCUUCAUUGGAGUUCAACAAAGAUAUUUUUAAAUUUGGACAACUUGCCUCCUAUCAGUUAGGUCUCUAAUUUUACUCAAGUGUAUUCUUUUUAGGGGCCGUACAUUAAGCUAUUUUUGCUCCUCCCUCCAAAUUUUGUCACAAACUCAGGAACCCAUCACCACCAAAGUACAUCAGAUUUUCAAACUAAAAAUUGAAUUUAAAAAAAAAAAAAAAGCUAAUUAAAAUUUAAUCUAAACAUAUUUUACUAUCAAAAUACAUCAAUCGCAACAUAAAGUUCAACAUAACUGUCAAUUUCAGGUUUUCUAUGUAUGUUUUUUUUUUUUUUUUUUUUUUGCUGAGACUGACAUACUUUAUGGACUGUCCCUUUUCUUCUCAUUGAAAAUAAGCAGUUAAAAUAGUUUUAUGUGACUAUUUUACUUUUUAAUUGACCUUACAGAAGAUGAGUAUCAGACAGGAACAGGUGGCAGUUUGUAUGAUGGACGUCAACAAGUCUUGUACUGGGCGGAUGUUUUAUCUGAGUUGGCUUUGGUUGUUCCUUCACCAGAAAUCUUCAGAUUAAGAUCCCUUAGUACCACAGAACCUGGACCAGAAAGUGUGUGCUUGUUUUGUACUUUCUCUCAUCAGCUUGUCUUUUUCUGUCAUCAGCUUGUCUUUUUUCUUUCAAAAAUUUACUUGAUAACUAUUUAUUUUUCAUGUUCAUUUUAUUAAAGCAAAUAUUAGAUUCAUCGCACAUAUAAGUGCCCAUUCUGUCAGAUUUGUAGAGACCCAUUAGACUUGAACUUCUUGUACAUUCUUAAUUUAAAUGACCUCUGUUAUAAAACUAGAUUUCUGUUGUCUUUAUAUACAACUUUAUUAACUAUACUGCCAGAUAAGUCACCGCCCAUGUUCCGUGGUUCAACAUACACAAGUGGCUUAGACCCACUUGCUGCAUCCAAACCCACAACGCUACUGCUAGAGGCAGAGAAAAGCAGACUGUUGGAUAAAGAGUCACCAAGCUCCCCACCUGAAGUUCCGACCACCACCAUCCCAGCAGGUGUCAAGUACAGAAGACUUGGACGCCAGCCAGCCUCAAUGAUAGGUCCUGACACUAAGGUCUUGGUCGUUUGGCUGGAGAGUUUUGAGGAUCAUGAUAACUUUCCUAUAUGUGAGUUGAAUAUCAUAACAUCCUUAUAUCAUGAUAACUUUCUUGUCUGUAUUUAUCUAGUUUAUCACAGCUAAUGCAAAAUUUUAUUUAGGUUUGAUUUUUAAUAUCAAUAAUUCUCCCCUGGCUUGGGUUAUUUGGUCUCUUUGAAAUCCACAAAGAACUCGGUGAUGAAACUAAAUUUUAUCUCUUUUAAAUUUCAUUAUGUUUUAUCAAAGUAAUACCGGUAGUAUAGUGUCUUUUUUUUUUUCCAGCUGAUCUACUGAUAGUAACAAGUACAGGCCAAGAGCAAGGGGCUACAUCUAGCACAGCCACAGUGUUGCGACCACCUGAGAAAGACAUCUAUGUUAUAUUCAUACAUGCUCUUCAGAAUGGUCUGUUCCGGAUACAUAUGAUUGAGUAUGAGAAGACACAGACAAAGUGAGCCUGCCUUCUUUUCACAUAGUUUGUCAUCAUUUUUUUGGCCCUAAUUUCCUAAAUCUGGUUGCAAAGAAACCCUCAACUUACUUUAAAAAAUAAUUAAUAAAUAUCCAACUCUUUUAUUUUAUAUUGUGACUUUCUGAGUAAUUCACAUAUAUAUUGGGGUUUGUUUUUUUUUGUGUUUUUUUUUCCUUUAACCAAGUAUUUAGUUAGGAGUUGCAGUGUUUUUAAAAACUUUGAGAAAAAAAACAUAUGACUAAUUUAAAAUGUAUGAUCUGAUUUUAAAAAAUGUUUAACAUUCACAGUACUUAUUAAUAAUUUUAACCUAAAUAUCAAACCUAUCAACAUGGUAGAAAAACUUUAAUGAGAUAAAAAUAAUGUAUGCUAAUUUAAAAAUGCUCUUUCAAUACUUUCAACAAAAUGAAAUAAUAAUAUUGCCAAAAUUUCACUCCAAUCAAGUGAGUGAAGCUUUCAUGUUUAAGGGUGCUUAGUCCAUCUUAUUUCCACAUCAUUGAGUUUCAGUACAUUACAAAGAUGAUUUAAAUAUGUAAAAUGAAUGUUAAAGCUAAACAAGUCUGUCAAUUAAAUAGUUAGUAAAACCAAAGGUUAAGACCUCUGUGUCUUAUGUUUAAAAAUGGGAAUAGACCCCUGCGAACUGACUCAUAUUGAAUUGUUCAAUUUUCCAGAAUGUCUUAAUGCAGGUUUGUACUAAAAGUUUUCUAAUUUCACUGCAUUCACAGAAUGUCUAUAGCUAUUCCCUUAGUUGAUGGUAUGGUGGUGAGUCGUCGGACUCUAGGAUCUAUGGUCAGACAAACAGCAAUUAACAUUUGCAGGAGACGCAGGCUAGAGAGUGAAUCGUAAGUCUUUAAAACUCUCAUGAUGUAACAUGAUAGGUAAUCAAAAUUAAAAUGGCUUUUCAUUAAAGAAGUAGACAUUAAUUUUCUGUAAAAAGUUUUAUUUUAAAUCGAAUUUUAAAGUUAUGAAGAAACCAUAUAGGGUUUUUUAAAAAUUACCUUCUCUUACAAAAAAGUAUUACAUCACCAUAUUUAAUUUAAUUCUUUCGGUUUAUUUAAAAUUUAAGACAUUUUUUUAAAAAUCUUUCUCUUUCUUCCUGAAAUACAUGAUGUCUCUCUUUUUGUAUAAAUGCUCCACUCCCCCCAUCCUCUUUGAUAUCAAUAAUCUCACAUAAGAUCAAUUUAAACUCACCUAGCUACCAACCACCUCAUGUGAGAAGAAAACUCAAGAUCCAGGAGAUUGUCAGCAAGUACAAAUGUACUAUGUCACCAGCAGAGUUCUACUCUGGUUUGUUUCAAGAUAUUCCUAAGUGAAAAUUCAACAUGAAAAUGAUGAGUGUCGUUUAACUAAUGUCUGUCCAUCUGAAGGCAAGGCAUUUACUUGUAACUCACAGCUUAUGCCAUAUUGAAGCUGUUAAAAAUACAUUUCUGUGCUUUUUUUGUGUGAAGUAUUUCUCAAUGGGUCAAGAAACUGAAGUUACAGUACGCUGUCUAAUUGAGGAGCAGUUUGUACUUGACCAAAGCUAGAAAACUUUGUGAACCAGUUGCAUAGGAGAGCUUGAGCCCUACUCUCACAAUAUUUGUGUUCUUUAGCCAUUCAACUGCAAAUCAAAGCAGAGAGAUAUGAUCUAUUUUAAAUGUAUAAGAGAAUGCAAAAUACUAAGAAAAGAAGAAGAAGAGUUAUUUAUUCAAAUUUAUAUCAGAAGCUCAUGUUGUGAGCUUGUGUUGUUAUGUCAUUACAUUUGUGAUUUUUCUUUUAGCUUUCAUUGAGUCUUGUAUUGGUGCUAUAUAAAUAGAAGAACCUGAUGGGUUAUUUCUGCCGUCAAGCUUUGUGUACAUUUUAAACCAUUAAUUUAUUAGGCUACGUUCUGAAUAUUUGUUGGACUUUUUACUGUGAAGCUUUCAGAUUUACUGAUAUUCAGAGCACCAUUAAAUGUACUGAGUUGUAUAUUGCUGAUUGAAAUGUACUGAGUUGUAUAUUGCUGAUUGAUUUUUCAGUGUCAGUGGGGGGUAAUUAAAAUUGAUCAAAUGAAUUUUAAACUGCAUUUUAUUUUUAUGUUAUGUGAGUUUUGACACUAUUCCCAUGGUAUUAAUUAAGUAUUCCAAUUAUAAGAACUAAAGGUGAGCAGGUGAGUAGUAUUUGCUAGAAAAAUAUGUAUGCAUUAUUUAAAAUGCAUUGCAUACUAUUUACAUGGGAAGAUGAAAAAAAAUUUUCUUUUAGUUUGCACAAUACAAUUUACUUUUGCUCACUUAGCUUAGUUCUAUAAAAAACAUUAUUACGGUGUAAACUAGAUGCCCUAAAAUGACUUUUCAUGUUGCUAGACAACCAAGAAACAGUUGUGGAUCAUGUGAUUAAUAUUAACAGCAGUUAUUUAGCUACUACGGUGUUUUUAUUUGAUAUAUAUAUAAAUUAUUAUAUCAUCACUUGCUCAGGAUUAUAUCAUUAUGAUUUAGUUGGUUGUUUAAAUUUUGUACAUCAAAUUGAGGACUGUACAUUGCAACUAAUGAACUCUGCUUAUUUCUUUCAAUCGGCUUCAGAAUAAAAUAAAAUUAUAUUUUAUUCCCAGAUAUUAAGAAUGUUCACUAUAAGAAAUUAAAACUAUUUAAAUCUAGAAGUGCCAAGGUAUAAAAUGGUAUUAAUCAUGUCACUUAAG